UGAUUAAUUCUCCUCAAACAGUUCAAACCUCAAGAGAUGACAGAUAUCAUGAAAGAUUUCGAUGAGCCUGGUCACCUCGCUCCCACAGGCUUGUUCCUCGCAGGACUUAAGUAUAUGGUUAUCCAAGGCGAGCCUGGUGCAGUCAUUCGUGGCAAAAAGGGGGCUGGAGGAAUCACAAUCAAAAAGACAGGACAGUCAAUGGUGUUUGGUCUGUACGAAGAACCAGUGACUCCAGGACAAUGUAACAUGGUCGUCGAGAGGCUGGGUGAUUACUUGGUCGAACAGGAUCUCUGAAACCUUAUAGAAUGCUAUAUUGAUGUUGUUCCAAUCCUUUGAACCAUUGUUUCACUUUUACUUUUGGCUGGGUGCAUGGGUUUUAUGUUUUCCUAAUUUAAUUUUUGGCGUUUCUACUUUAGCAAAGUUUAAAAGAAUGUGAAACCUUCCUCUUUUGCAUGGUUUCCUGAUUAAUUUUGUGUGUUUUGGUUUAAUUUUA